AGAAUAGGUAAAGUUUCAAGUUAUUUUUUCUUUUUGCCGCAAACAUUUUCUUUCAUCACCUUUGAAAGAUUUUAGAGAAAGCAUUUACAACUUCCAUUUGAGUUGAAUCAACAUGAGCAAGAGCUUUAAAAAAGACAAGGAUGAUAGUGAGAGUAGUGAGAGAGGUAUGUUUUCACAUUCACACGUAGGUUAUCCAUCUGCACCCCCCUAUCCUCCUCCUCCAUAUGGAUACCCAGCAUCAAGCUAUCCACCUCCAGGAGGGUAUCCCCCAACAGCCUAUCCACCACCUGCAUAUCCACCUCCAACAGGAUACCCUCAUUCUGGUUACUACCCUUCAGAAUAUCCACAUGCAUAUCCACCUGCAGGAGGGUAUCCACCACCAGGAGGGUAUCCACAUUCUGGAUACCCUCAUUCAGGAUAUCAUGCACCUGCUUAUCCUGCUCCAUAUGGCUAUCCACCUCCACAUCAUGCAGGGCGUGGGGCUGGCAUGGGAGGACUGUUGGCAGGGGGUGUUGCUGCUGCCGCCGCUGCCUAUGGGACCCACCAUUUGGCACAUGGAUAUCAUGGUUAUGGACAUGGAGGCUACUUUGGUCAUGGAAAGUUCAAGCAUGGUAAAUUUGGCAAGCGUUGGAAGCAUUGAAGGUUUGGAUUUGGCAAGUAUAUGCAUGGUUGGAAAAGGUGGAAGUGACAAAGUGGCCAAGAUAUUAAAUAUGUAAUUCUGAGCAAGUUCAUGAAGGUUUAGUUUUUGGAUGAAUAAUGUAUGCUACAACUACAUAUUGCGUGUUUGUAAUCACUACUUUAUUAACGACCAUUGGUCAUUAUUAUUAUCAUCUGUGCAAAUGUGUGGCUUUUGUACAUAAGAAAUUCAUCAUCCUGAUUUGCUU